AUGCAGUCUAGAUCAGGAGUUACCGUUGCUGAUGAGUCUUUGGCUGCCUUCAAUGACUUAAAGUUGGGCAAGAAGUAUAAGUUCAUCAUUUAUGCAUUGAAUGAUAAAAAAACAGAGAUCGUUGUUGAAGAGACCUCAACCGCUCAAGAUUACGAUUCCUUCUUGGAAAAAUUACCAGAUAAUGAAUGCAAAUAUGCUAUCUACGACUUUGAAUAUGAAAUUGGUGGUGGAGAAGGCAAAAGAUCCAAGAUUGUUUUUUUUACAUGGUCUCCAGAUACAGCUCCAAUCAGAUCAAAAAUGGUCUAUGCUUCCUCGAAAGAUGCUUUGAGGAGAGCAUUGAACGGAAUUUCUACUGAUGUUCAAGGUACGGACUUCUCUGAAGUUGCUUACGAGUCUGUCUUGGAAAGAGUUAGUAGGGGAGCUGGAUCCCAUUAA